UACCAUUGAAGGAAAAUGAAUAUACUGAACAGCCACCACUUUUUGUACUUUCUGCCUACAACACGCCUUGUCAUCUUAUUAGCAGCUUUAACAACUGCUGAAGAUGUGACUAAUAGCACUUUCAACCGCACUGACAUGAACACGGGAUCCGUGCCCUUGGUGAUCUCCCACAUCGACCAUAUUAUAGUCAAGGAGGGGAGUAGUGCCUUGAUUGACUGCAAUGUCCAAGGUAGUCCUAGUCCACAUUACAGAUGGUACAAUUCCAACGGCUAUCUACUCAAAGAGGAGGAGAAUAAAGCAGGAAAAUGGUGGUUUCUUGACAAUGGGCUACUAAACAUUACCAGCGUGUCUUUUGAAGACAGAGGUAAAUACACGUGUGUUGCAUCUAAUACGUAUGGCAGUGUUAACAAUACUGUGACACUGAGGGUUGUCUUCACCUCCGGAGAUAUGGGCAUCUAUUACAUGAUUGUCUGCCUUGUAGCUUUUACCAUUGUUAUGAUACUGAACAUUACUCGGUUAUGUAUGAUGAGCAGUCAUCUGAAGAAAACUGAGAAAGCAAUCAAUGAAUUCUUCAGAACAGAAGGGGCAGAGAAACUCCAGAAAGCCUUUGAGAUUGCAAAGCGUAUCCCAAUUAUCACUUCAGCCAAAACACUGGAGCUUGCCAAAGUAACCCAGUUUAAGACCAUGGAAUUUGCUCGCUAUAUUGAAGAGCUUGCUCGGAGCGUACCUUUGCCACCUCUCAUCAUGAACUGCAGGACUAUAAUGGAAGAAAUUAUGGAGGUUGUUGGUCUGGAGGAGCAAGGACAGAAUUUUGUACGGCAGACAGCAGAAGGCCAGGAAACCACUGAAACAGAUGAGCUGUACAUGAUCCCAAAUGCUUUGAAGCGCAGUGACUCUCCCACAGGUGACUCUGACGCAUCAUCACUACACGAGCCACCUCAACAGAUUGCAAUAAAAGUAUCAGUUCACCCAUUGUCUAAGAAGGACUGCAUGGACGGUCAGUCACAAGAAAGCAUGCAGCUGGACACCAAGGAAGAAGACACUUCUCAAACACCAGCACUUCCUGCAGAACCCCUUCCUGAGCCUUCUGCUGAACUCAGUUCUGAUGACACAGCAUUGGAAAAUGACAAAAAUACAUGCAUUAUAUAUGAAAGCCAUGUAUGAUAGUUACUCCUGAAUCUAUGCAUAGCAGGAAAAUCAGGUGGAGCUCUUUUAAAAAUACAUAUUGUAAUUGCCGCUAAGCCUUACCUGGAGACUAUCAUAGCAAAAGCAUGUAUGUGGAUUAUUUGGCACUUUCUUCUCAGUUUGACUUUAGUUUACUAAACUAAACUAAACUAAAUGGCAGAGUAAUUGCUAUUACAUUAAUAUUAAUUGCUCUUUUUGAUUAGGAGUAUUUCCAAGAAACAUUUACCUCAGCAUUUUCUAGGUUGGAGUCCCCUAUAGUGGCCUCCUGAA